AUCUAAUGAGCUGAAACCACAGACACCCACCUCGACCCUGCAAGACGAAGUUGAAAUACAAUUUGGCCUCUAUGCCACGGGAACCAGAUAACGGACAGUUGUCCCAUACUGGCAGCUCCCAAUGGUACCUGCAUCAUCUUGACGCGCACAUUAAAGCUUCCCGCCGCUCUUAUCUCGGCCAACUUGGCAAUACGACUGUCAAACCCCUCCGUACAACACCUGUUCCCCCUACAAACAAUAUCUGGACCUCUUACGACAAACAGUUGUUCUUCGCGGCCUUGUCAAGGCAUUCAAGGCUUCGGCCAGAUUUGAUAGCAUCCGAUGUUGGGAAGAGUGUGGCUGAAGUUCAGUGGUACCUUGACUUACUUGAAACCUCUCGCCAAACCCACGAGUCAAAAGGAAGACCGACGAAGGAAAGAUGUGUGGAACGGAACGGAUAUUGGAGAGAAGAAGUGGCGCCGGCAGCGAGAGAAGUCUCUGACAAAUGGGUAUUGAAAGAGGAAAAGCUUGCCACAGAAGCUAUCGCUGUCAUAGAGCAAAAGGAGAAAGAAGAAUAUAGGGUCUUCCAAAAGAAGAGGAAAAGGAAAGCACGAAGUGAUCUCAAUAAGGAAGUUGACAUACCCAGAGAUACUAGGCCCGGCGAGAGGAAACGUAUCAUUGAAAGCUGGCCCGGUACGGAGGAAAUGGAGAAGCGUUGGGAGGCAGAAGAAUGGCUUGAAUCCAUCGGAGUCGACAAGGUCCCCGAGCUUGAUCAUCUCAUUUGGAAAUUUUGGCUUGAUUAUUAUUAUAAGGAAGAGGUCACACAACCUACCACCCCACCGGUUGCAGAACCCUCCAGCGAUGAUGAGCGCUCUUCAGCCGGUCCUUCCAAUAGCCUUCAAGUCCCCGGCAUAGGCAGUCGUGAAGAGAAAAUAGCGCGUGACCUUCGCAAUCUCUCAGCAAUUCAAGCUAUUCCAAAAAAGAGACGCACACCAGAACAACGCCUGUUGCUCACGCAGAUACUCAAUCGACAGCAGUGUCGGGAAAGAUAUCGGACCAAGAAACUUCUAGAAGAAGGAAUGACGACGGCCGAGAUACAUGCUGCAGGCGGAGCCGAUGUGAUAUUUGCAAAAAGGAAUCAGGCGGAGUCAUCAACCGAUAUGUUGGAAAGUCUUCGUGAGACGGGUAUUAGUGAUCGACAGCGAUCGAAACGCCCUGAAAUUAUUGACUGUCUGAAAAGUCGUGGUCUGGAUAUCUUCGUGUACAAUUCAAUGUCGCGUUUCCUUGAACGUGAUGGGCAACCUAACCUCACUAUCACAUUAUCAACUAUUCAAGGACUCUAUAUUGACCUCCUCAAAUUCCUCAAGCCUCUUGUCUUAAAUUCAAUCAUCAUUGCGGAACAAUCGGCCGUUCAAGCCGGCCAAUCGUCAAACGGUGCGAAGGAUGACGACGAUUUUGCUGUUAUCUCUCUUCACGUUCAGCAAGCCUUGGCUUUACAAUGUGCAGAUGCCCUUUCAUUCCAAGAUACGAAAACUAGCAUGACAGACGUCCACAGCAGCCCUGCAGAAGUUGCUGAGGAUCAUGAGCAACGAAGGUCACCAGAAGGCAGAAAUAAGGGGACAUCGGUUAUUGAAUAUGGUUCCGAAUACACUUGCUGGAAUAACCUAUCCCGCGAACUUUUCCCCCCAAAUGAUAUCCCCUGGAGAGCACUUUCCUCCUUCUACAACCAUCAUCCAACGAUACCCGAACCCCAUUCUCUUGAUGCCACCCCCUCCAUCUUAUGUUCCGAGUCAGAAAGCGACGCGGAGGAUGAAGAAGAUGCGAUAUUACAUGACAUGCUUCAUAAGGUUGACAUGGAACACGAUCGUUUAUACGAAGACAGCCUUUGGGAGGCCUUGGACUCGAAUGAUGUGGAAUAUGAGCCAGAUGAUAAGAAUGGAUCUUGGAACGGAGAUGCUGAGAAGCCUAGUGAGACUGAACAAGAAUAUAUCAAUCUUCAUCGCCAAAUCAGAGAAGAUAGGAGGAAAAGAAAGAAUGCAGCCUGGCGCAGAGCAAGGUAUCCUUCCUCCCGUGGGGAACAUCUCAACUCAAAAAAGGGCAGAAAUGCCAUCUCUGACGCCUUCAUCGAUGAUGAAACUGAAGAAGGUCUUGAGGAAAGUUCAAGUGAGAUCGGAGAUGAAGAGACUCAUGCCAGUGAGGAGGAGGAGGAAAGGGAAGUAUCUUAUGGCACUGUCCAUCAAGGGGAUGGGGAGACACAAGGGAGGGAACAUCAAAUGCUCGAAGAUGCAUGAGGGUUAUUACGAUGUGAUGGGUCAUCUUCGAAUAUUGUAGUUCCAGAUGAAUAUAGAAGUCACUAAUAGCCAUUGAAGUUUGAGUGCCUUGUACGAGCUAACUUGG